CGCUCCACAGGAAGCCAGAGUCUGGCCACAGGACAAAAAGUUCGGCUGGUGGUGUGUGAAAGAUGGAAGCCAACUUCUCUACCCCUCUGAAUCCAUCUGAAGAGGUGCCCACUGAGUCUGCCGGCUAUGCCGUUCUGAGGAUAUUCCCACUGGUGAUACUUGGAGUCACCUUUGUCCUCGGCGUCCUGGGCAACGGGCUUGUGAUCUGGGUGACCGGCUUCCGGAUGGCUCGCACGGUCACCACCAUCAGUUACCUGAACCUGGCCUUAGCCGACUUUUCUUUUAGUGCCACCCUGCCAUUCCUCAUUGUCUCAAUGGCCAUGAAAGAACGAUGGCCUUUUGGCUGGUUCCUGUGCAAGUUAAUUCACAUUGUGGUGGACAUAAACCUGUUUGGAAGCGUCUUCCUGAUCGCGCUCAUCGCUCUGGACCGCUGUAUCUGUGUCCUGCACCCGGUGUGGGCCCAGAACCACCGCACUGUAGGUCUGGCCAAGAGAGUGAUUGUUGUUCCCUGGAUUCUUGCCCUGAUCCUCACCCUGCCAAUUUUCUUGUUCUUGACCACAGUAAAUGAUGGGGCAGGGAAUAUAUAUUGUACUUUCCACUUUUCAUCCUGGGGUGACACCAUGGAAGAAAAGGUGAAUGUGGCCAUAACCAUGUUGACAGUCAGAGGGAUCAUCCGCUUCACGAUUGGCUUCAGUGCCCCCAUGUCCAUCGUUGCUAUUUGCUAUGGGCUUGUGGCUGCCAAGAUGCGCAGAAAAGGCCUGAUUAAAUCCAGCCGCCCCUUACGGGUCCUCACUGCUGUCGUGGCUGCCUUCUUCUUCUGCUGGUUCCCCUUUCAACUGGUUGCCCUCCUCAGUACAGUCUGGCUCAAAGAGAUGUUGUUUGAAGGUAAAUACAAGAUCCUUAACAUCCUGGUUAACCCAAUGAGCGCCCUGGCCUUUUUCAACAGCUGCCUCAACCCAAUGCUCUACGUCUUCGUGGGCCAGGACUUCCGGGAGAGGCUGAUCCACUCCCUGCCUGCCAUUCUGGAGAGGGCUCUGAGCGAGGACUCAGCCCAGACCGGUGACACGGCGGCCAGUUCUGCCCCACGUCCUGAGGAGGCGGAGUUACAGGCCAUGUGAGGAGGGGGCUGGGGGCACUUUUGAGCUCAGCCUGUUACUAUCCUGCUCCGGUUCCAGCUUCAUCUUACCUGGAGUCACACUGAGCCUUGGGCACUUCCUGCUUCCCUUAGGGUUACCCACUCAUCAGGAAAAGAUCUUUUGUGCCCCCUGAUUUGGUGGGAAAAAAUGGGUGUGGGGCUACUCUCGAUGCCUCUUGUGGGUUUUGUACCUCAGCCUGUACCUUGGGGUAAGUGUGAGAAAAGAGUAUACAAGGGGAGGGGAGAGAAAGGACGGUGGGGAAUUUGUAGGACUCAGAUGAGGCCCUGCAUUAAGGAAGUUUAUUAUUUUACCAUUAGGAAGUUUGCAUUAGGAGUUUUGCAGCUACCUUUUAUCAGAUUAUGGAAGUUUCCUCUUAUUCCUAGUUUGCUGAGAGUUUUACUUUUUUAGUUUUU